UAACUAGUUAGUAAAAAAAGCCGUUUUGAGAAGGUACUUAAGCUUAGAUAUGACACGUCACCAACCAACACGCGAUUGAGGGUUGAGCCCUGGGGUAAUCAGUGCAAACAAAAGUGGAAUUUUGUCAGGAUAUGUGUCCUCAAAAAUUCUAACAAAAUUGCAAUUUUAGAUGGACCGUAAGGGGAAUAGAAAGUGACUAAAAACAGUAGCUACCCUUGGGAUACCUGUGGUUCGUUGCCUCCUACGAACUUGGGUUUCCUGUGGUAGAAAUAGCGCGGGAAAAACGAAUCCAAGAUGGCGUCUGACGAGGAACAGGAUUCAGAAUACGAAACCCUUGCCUAUCAACAGAGAAUCAAAGCAGCAUUGCACUAUACUGUUGGACGAAUAUGCGAACAGAUAGAGAUAGAAAAUGGCAUGCAGUACUCUCGACAAUUUAUUGCAGCCUUGACUGAAACUACAUAUCGACAAUGUGAAUCCUUUGCAGUAGAUCUCGAAUUAUUUGCAAAGCAUGCAAAAAGGACAACCAUUAACCGUGAUGAUGUACAGCUGCUAGCAAGGAAAAGCCCUGCUUUGGCAAAGCACAUUAAAAGCCUUAGCGACGAAAUAGCUGCAACAAACGAAGCAGAAAAAGCCAACAAGAAGACGAAACGUGCCAAAACCAAAACAAAGGAACAAGAAGAGAACGAAAGUAAUAACGAGACGGCGUAAUCACGGUUUUGGGAAUAAAAUAUGGGGGAGGGGUGCUCUUUGAAUGAUGGCUGCGCGCAGCAUCCAUUUUUGACAAACCUAAUGCGUGCGUUCCUUUGUAUGGUCAGCACUAAGUAACACUGACCAAGCAGAACGCCCUUGAUUGCUGUUGUUAUUAAUGCUCAUGAUACACGAAAUUACAGUUUCCCUUCAGCGUACGCAAUAAAAGACAGGGUCGUAGGGUCGAGAGUUGCAGUCCAUCUUAGUCUUGUAUGAAGGGCUGCGUUUCCUCUCGUCAUCACCGAUCUUGCAAAACAUAGGGGCUAGCUAUCACGUGGCGUUUUUAUCGUCUCUCUUUAAGUGAUAUUUAAUCACAUUCGAGUAUCGCUGGCCCUAAAGUUAAGUAUAUAUUUUAUUCAUAGUUUCGUUCAUCACGUUACUGUGUGCCUUUUUUUCUCGAAUCUAUUUGCAUGCAAAGAAGAGCGCAAAAAAAAGUGAAGUGUAAAAAGUGCCUUUCUGGCGCUGUUUAUUUUUUUAGCCCAUCUAGAAUAGAAGCAAUUUGUUUACAUUGGGACUUUUAUGUUCUUGAAAUCAAAAUUACGUCAGCGAUAAAAAAUGUUUGCCUUCAAGAUUUUCCUGCUUUGGUAGAUAAAAUAAAAAAAUAAAGAUCACAUGUAGAUCAAUUGUCAUUCUCUAGAACAUCACCUCUGUUUAACGGUUGCGCAUCAGAACAUAGUUAAUAGAGGUAUCUAUCAACUCUAUCAAUUAUGAUCAGAAUGACACCAAUAUAUAUGUAACUCAAACGAAUAAUCUUAUUCUCAAGACAAUGGCGCGUGGUCUGAAAUGGGAAAACAUUUCACCCAAGGUAGAGGUGUAUUUGAACAAAAAUCUUUUCAAAAUCUUGUAUCUGGCCAUAUAUAUAGCACCACAAUAUAAACAAAGCUG